UCACAUGACAACAUGCACAGGGUACACGUACAGCAGUACAGCUAGUAUUAAUAUAUAUAACUGCUCAGAUAAGGCUCUCACUUACUGCAACGGUAUUAUAGACAACAAAAGUGUAUAAUUCAAACGAAAAUGACGACUGCACGUCGUGGCUCUUUCGAUGUGGAUGUUCACUUCAUGGGUGUUGCAUCUCUUGCAUCCAAACAAAGUAGAGAUCCUGUAACACAAGUUGGUGCGUGCAUUGUGAAAAACAACGUGAUUCUUGGAAUAGGAUACAACAGAAUGCCUAGAAAUUGCAGUCAUUUUCCUUGGGGAAAAAAUGAGAAAGACCCUUUAAAAAAUAAACAUUCUUACGUGUGUCAUGCAGAAAUGAUUGCCAUCUGCAACAAGAAUUCGGCGGAUGUUAAGGACUCUACGAUGUAUGUUACCUUGUUUCCGUGCAAUGAAUGCGCCAAAUUGAUAGUUGAAAAUGGAAUAAAGGAAGUUGUGUACCAAUCAUAUAAAGACAAACCAUCAACAGAUGCUUCAAAACUGAUAUUUGAUGCAGCAGGAGUUAAAUAUAGGUAAUACUUAUAGCACA